AAAGUCUCUAACAACACAGAGCACAGGCUUAGUGAUGCUGCCAGGGGAAGGAGAGCAACCAUUAGGAACAGAAAAAUAAAUAUUCAGCCUCAGCUGCCUUCCUGUGAGCAUCACAGCCUGCAGCACAGAAGAGAUGAUGGCAGAUCCUUCAGUGGUGGAUCAGCUGACACGGCUGAAACUCAAACUCCUAGAAAAGAGACUAGAAAAUGAACAGGAGAACCUAGAGAAGAUGGAUUUGUCUCUCCCAGCUGCAAGGAACAGACCUCAGGACCUGCUCCAAAGUGCCCUGAGGCAAAGGAGAAAUCUGCUGCAGGAGCUCAGGGAGCAGCACCUUCUGGAAGAGCUUUCACAGCCACCUGCACCAGAUGGGGGACACUGCCAUGACCACAGAGCUGCCCUGCCACAAAUCUACCAGAUCCCUUUUCCAGCUUCCCCAGUGGAGCCACCAAGGAUUAUCCAGCAGACAAUGCCAGCUCAGCCUGCCACCAUCAUCCAGCAGCUGCCUCAGCCCUCCCCUGUGAUCACCCAGAUCCCCCCAGCCCAGCCCUUGGCAGCCCCCCGCCCUGGGAGCAUCAAGGAAGACAUGGUGGAGAUGAUGCUGAUGCAGAACGCUCAGAUGCACCAGAUCAUGAUGCAGAACAUGAUGCUGAAGGCUCUGCCACCAGCCCUGCUCACACAGCCUGGGGGGCCAGUGGCUCAUGUCCCCCAGCAGAAGGACCUGCAGCUUGCUGUGAAGGCAGAGAGACCCAAGGCGCCUGUGGUGCACCACCACCACCAUUACCCUCCCCCGGGGGUGUUCCCAGUGCCCCCCAGCACAGAACAGCCCUGGAGCAGCGCCUCUGCCCAGCCCCUGUGGCCCACAUACUGACAGUACAGGGUCCUCUGCAAGUGCACCAGAGCCUUUGUAAAACCAAUAAAAUCCUGCUGUUCUUCCUCA